AUGACAGUAGAGCCACCUCCUUGCCCGGAGCCGGAGGUGAUAGGACUAGCUUCCUCGACGACGACGCACUUCGUACCGCGACCACAGCAAGAGGAGAUGAUGUUGAGCGCUAGGAUUAGCCGCGACGUGGACCACACCUCCAUGCCGCACUUUCCGCGCGGACACACGCAGCCGCUGUUGCGACGGCAAAGACGGGAACUACAGAAUCAACGGCGGUCUGAUCCUGCCAGCUGCAUCCUCGUGGACGAUACCACUAAUAAAGAAACCGGUCGCGCGCACACCCCGGUGGGACCCACGUGCGACCCCUGUUGCGUGAUGACGGUCGGGCGCGCGCGCGGGUUGGGGUGUUGCGAGCAGGGACUGUGCGAGCCGUGUCUGUGCGAGGACAACUGGAACCCGAAGCCGUUUUCCGCCGUGGAGCGCAACGUGUGCGACGGCCGCGUGCGAGCCUGCCUGCUGUGCUGCUGCGUGUCCUGCUACAUCCCCUACCACUGCGGCCCGGCCUGCGCCCUGCAGCCGGGCUGCGCAGAGGCCGCCGCAGCGGAUUUCUGCGCAGAAUCCCGUCGCACCGCUGCCGCGGCGAGGGCGGUGCGCGAGGGAAUGGUCGGCGUCGGCGCGAUAUCAAACAGGAAAGUACUUACUGUUACACCCAGCUGUAGGCUUGGUGCCAUAUCAGAAGACUAAGUAUUUGUCCUCGUGAAAUUUUUGGCAUCACAGACACAGUGCCUAUUGUUUGUCCAGAAGCAGUUUAUUUUUUGGCUUCAUUUUUGAUUUUGUCAUUCGCUGUGGCUUCUCGCAUUUGCGUUUUGCAUGACCACAAAUGAGCGUCUCCAUAUUUCUUUUCUCUGAAUGACAGCGACGUGCGGCCACUUCAACAUAUACAAAUUCGUAUUCGUUUUUUUCUGGUUGUACAACUAUGUGGGUACUUUUCUCCAUGAUACGCUUCCUGCGGGGUCUGCUGUAGCCUGAAAAUGUUGCGUGGCUACUGCAACAAGGCUGCGGAGUUGCAGAAGGUACUGUAUAAUACUCUGAUUUGCCUGUCGUGCGGCCGUUUUGUUCUGGACAUGCAUAGUGGGACGAGAUCAAGGGAAGUUCUUAUGUAAUAUUUUUGGAGCUUGUGAAUCGCUACAAUGCCCGCCAUGAUCAUCAUUCCCUGCUUUAUUAUUGCCACAGGCCUGGAAUUUGCAGCUUCACGAGGUGCCGCAGCACCACGGAGGACAGAGUAGUGUCGUGCACGGGUCGACGUCCCGAGCAGAAGUGACUUUGGUACAACAACAGCCGGGGACCACGACUUCUACACCAGGUCGCGUGCUACUUACUCCUGGUACCACGUCUGCAACAGAAACUUCUACGACGCCUGGCGCUGCUCAACACGACGACAGCCACCACCUCUCUCGGUGCGACCACUGUUUCCGUGGCGUGUCGCUGACGUUCGCCGGGUAUCAAAUGUAAAAAUGUCUGGGUCUGGAACAGUCAUGCUGUUUUUGCAUGACACAGAAGGUCUGGCAUGGAAUAUCUAGCAUCACUGGUUUCGAGAAGCUUCCGCAAUGCCGAAUCCGCAUGACACAUCCCCCACUUUGGUGACAGAAACUGGGCAGCUUUUGCUACCUAUGCAUGAGAGAUUUUUCUGUGUGCUGAAAUGCGCAUCACAAGUUUGUAUUCUUCCAGACCCAGACAUUUUUACAGUUGAUACCGGGUACUCGGAGGCGUGGGCCCGUGCCGCUGCGGGCGAGUAUCAUAUGUAAAAGCGUCUUCGCCCGAUAGUCAAGUUGGGAACUUAGCAACACAACUCCAGAAGUUUUGGGAGCCACGCAUGACAAGUUGCAGUCCGUAGUGUAGUGCAGGUCGGCAACGGAGAUCGCAUCACAAAUCUAUCUGCUGAUCCUGUUUUCAGCAUUACAAAUAACAAAACACGAUUGAAAAUGCCUUUCUUGGGUCAGCGCAUUGCAAAUGUUCCUAUAGAAUCGCAAAUCGAAAUCUGCAUGACAACUCUGGGGUGGGGACAUUUUUACACAGAAUAACGAGGGCUGGUUGUUUCCGGAUACCUGCAAUCAGCUGCAGAAAGUGGAGGAGUUGGAAAGAGUCUGCGAAGAAAUGAGGACCAAAUGCAGGACUGUUUGAGAUGGAACGCAUGAAGAUCCUGGUGGAGAAGUUGGAACAACGCAUAUUAGAAGAAACCUGCGCCGUUGCCGGAGAAUAGAUGUAGUUCUCGACCCGGCGUGCGCGAACCUGCAAUUUUGAUGCAUGAACGAAAGGUAUUUUUGAUUUUUUUGAUGAAUAAACAUUUUUACAGCUGCUUGGGGACGAUCUUGAUCUAGAUGUACUUACUCAGGCUCACCAAGAAAGAGGAUCGGUCCACUACUUCGCGCCGGAUCGAUCUUCUGUCUUCUGCUGUUGACCUUUUUGCCGCCUGAGAUUUUUGUCCAUGAGAUGAAUGACUGGCGUUCAGAAACGUCUUCUCGUCUCAGAUUGAAUGAACAAUGACAAAAUGACUAAAUGAGCACAUUAUUUGAAACCACUGGUGACGCAUGACACCUAGGGUUACGUUUUCUCUGUUACAGCUUGCUUUACACUUGUUUCAUCAAUACAUUUCGCGAAUUAUUCUACUUGAUUUCAACGUUUGACUAAACCUGUUUUCCUUUUCUGAUGAUCACAAUUUCUAUAGAUCUGUAUCUUACAACUUGACGCCAGUUUCCGUCCUCACUUGCAAUUCUCUAUUGUGUUGGUGACCUGCGGUAGGGGUGUAGGUAGUGUCAGCAGCACGACGAUGAGGCGAAGACAUCGAGUUAUUGAAAGUAUCACACUGGUGAUCGACGCUAGGGCUAGCUAGCGCUAACUUUAUUGCCAUUUUGACAGCUAAUGUUGACGACUUUGAAACUAGUAUGCUGUAAAAUAUUUCAAGCACCACGAGUCGUCUCAUGAGUAUCUAUGUAUGUAUUAUUUAUGUAUAGAAGAUUUACUGAUUUAGAACGGUGAAAAUGAAAUUGAAUAUAGAAGAAGAAGCAAAGGGGAGAGAACAGCAGCAGCACGGAAUUUUUUGCUUUGCCCAGAAACAAAAGUUUGAGGACAAAUGGAAACAGAUUUUGACGCCGGAAGCUACUACUACGCGGAGCGGGACC